UGUCAAGAGAGAGGGACUGGCUAGAGAGUUACUCUGACAUGAUAUUGGCCCUAUUCCCAAACUAGGGCAAUCCUGUGCAAGUCAUGUGUAGAUCAUUCUUGGGUUCAGAAUUCCCAGGAAAUAACCGAUCCUAUGACGCGGAUUCUGUUCACGUGGACAUCUCAAGCAGCUUUACACGCAUUUCCAUCCUCCACGAACACAUCCACGUAACUCGCGUGGUAACAUUAUCCUCGGAAGAACUGUGUACCAUGUAGAGAAAUGAUAUGGGAGGAAUUAUCUUUGGGAAUAAGGCCAAUAUGGCGGACUAAGUCUCUAGCCCUUUAUCUUUUCUUAAUUGUCUUUCGUUCUAUUUAUAGUUUCUCAGUUAAUUUGGAAUAUCUACCGAGGAAGCUGAGGAGGUUACUAAUUCUGCGUUUGUUGUUACGGAGGUGCUGCAAUUACACGCUGUUUCAGUUCGCUCUGUUGGUGGAAAUGGUCAAAGGAUCGAUCCGACCGAUCACAAUUUAAACGACUUUAUUUCACGUUGUGUCAGAUAAAACCUUCACUAUGCAGUGUUUUCCCUGGGCGACUGGAAGUGAUCCGUUUUUAUGGGAUUACACUUUAAAAAAUCUGCCUGGCUUAAAAUAUCAUUGGGUGUUGCACACAGUUGGAGUGCGUGAAUUAAAUAUUUUUACUUCAUCCACAGGAUGAUCCAGCAUUUGUCAUAUCGGUCCUUAUUUGACUGGUAUUCGAAUCCCUCGAGGAUCAAGCUAAAGGGCUCAAAGCGUCUUUUUGUGGGCGUGGUUUGAGUUCACUUUCUUUUGGACAAUUUUAAAACAGCAAGUGAUUGGUGUAAUAUAUUUUUUCAGGGUUGAUUUCCCUUUAAGGCUAAAUCUGCAUUCGUGCGAUUUGGCCCAUCAGGCCGCAGCUCAUCUUCAGUUUCCGUUGCAUGAAGCGACUAGGAGUAUGUCUACUCCCCGCUGGAUGGGAUGCUAGUCCAUUGCAGGGUUUUCCAAGCACAGAUUAAAUUCACUGUUACCGAAUACCGAUUAUUACACUUGACUGGAGAGAGGCACUGUGAGCGGUAAAGCCGGAGUCUUGUCCAAGAACACAACACAAGGACAGCAGCUAGGGAUCAAACCUGAACCACUCGACCUGAAGUCUCACUAUGAACCACUAGACCACCUCGCCUCGUGCCUUCUUGUAUAACUCUAACGGUGGUCACUUUUUAAAACCUAACUACAAUGCACGAGUUUAACUCUUGUGAGGGGAUAACGUAAAGGAGGUCACCCUUUAGAAAACUGAGCUAAAAGCAGGUAAAAGACAACAAUGACGUAAUAGGUCGUAACAGGUUAAACUAGGAAGUUGUGAUGUUUGCCAAAACACAAAUGUUCUGCUCUUUCGGUAUCCCAUAACAAAGCUAGAAUGUUAUUGUAAUCGAUAUCCACAGAAACUCAAUCCCAAACACGCGCCUAUACUCUGUUACAUUUCGGUUUCGAGGGGUUAUCACUAGAUCUUGGCCGUCAGUUUUCUCCAAAUGAAAUAAUGAUUUACGGACAGUAGUCUUGUUAGUCAGAACGAAAGUGUCGCUUUUUUCAUUUUUCAGACCGAAGCAGAUAAGAAGCUUGCUUGCAGUUUGCUCUCAGUGAAAACGACAUACAUGAUGUCUGCGGUGCUGCAGUCGAGAAAGGUUAAAACCUCCACGAAACCGAACAGUGGAGAAACAUCGAACGAACAAGUUGGCUAUUUCAAGGAGUUUACUAUCGCUGUGUUUGGUGAUUCUGGUGUGGGAAAAAGCUCCAUCAUUCGCCAACUUGUCGGUGAAGCAUACGUUCAUGAUCACUUGCCUACCGUAGAGGAAUUCUAUGUGAAGCAGAUCACCCACAAAAACAAAGCAUGCGAGCUUCACAUCAUUGAUACCUCUGGAACGUACGAAUUCCCUCCUAUGAGAAGAAUAGCCAUCCAAAAAGCUGAUGCAGCAAUCUUGGUGUAUUCUCUAGACAAACCGGAAUCCUUUACUAAGCUGGAGAGAUACAUGGAGGAAAUCGAGAGUUGCUGUGCUGAGAGAAACCGGAAGAUUCCCGUCAUCAUUGUAUCUAACAAAUCUGAUCUUCCCAAUUUGUCCGAGCCGACGUUUCGCGAUUCCCAUGGCGUUAAAAUGAGUGCGUGUGUUUAUUUGGAGACCAAGUGGAAGUGUCAAUGGCUGGCCACUUCAGCCAAGUUUAAGCUUAAUGUGGAGGCGAUAUUUCUCCAACUUUUGGACAAAUUGUCGCCUGAGAGGAAGGCUCAAAGAAGCCACAGUUUUCGAAAACCAAAAUUGCAUUGAUUCUUUAGAUCAAUGAAGGGCGCUUUAUUUCAAUUGUAUAUGAACCGAAGACAACGCCUGCUUUAGUUGUAGACCAAUCUUUCGCUGAUCACACUUUCCGUUACACACUACUGCUAAUGAACAGUGAAUUAGAUGUACUCACGAACUAAAAGUAAUUAACUUAUGAAGCCACUCAUGGAUAGGAACGAUGAAGAAAGCUCUAAGUAUCGCCAAUUAAGAGCGCGGCGUUAGCCAUUUCUGUGGCACUGGAAUGUGUUCGAGCUCAUUCUCCAUGGUUUAAAGUUAAAGCUAGGGAUAAUUAAUGGGACGCAAGAAAGUGUUCAAAAUUCAGCAGUCACGUACAGAGUAGUCUUGUUUAGUAGAAUGAAAAUGAACAGCCCCUUUUAAUCAGAGGCUAAGAGGUUUUAUCACUAGUUUACGUAACUGGGAACUGCACGCGAUAAUCUCCAGGCUUCAUCACGGCAGAAAAAGCUAAUUUAAAACCACACUUUUCAUUCUGCUAAUCUCUCGAAAGUGUUUGUAACAGUUCUGUGUCAAAAAUCUUAGUGAGUUAUAUGUAAGCUUAUGUAGUUUGGCACCAUAAUUAACUCAACUUCACCGUAGAAACAAGGAAAAAAACAGCAGGUAAGAUUGAUUCGGAUUGACGAGCGCGCAAAACAGCUGUGGCAUCUGGUUCAGCUGACCUCGCAAGCGACCCAGAUAAAUGACUAAUUAAAGUAAACAGUGUUUUGUAGUCGUCCUAAAUAAGACUACACCAAAAUAAUAACGUCCACCAGUUGAUCUUCCUAUGCUUUGCGAAAGCCUUGAUUUUCACUAAAUUUCAGUUUCAACUAUGACGCCAAGCGACUUGCUUUGUUACUCCACCCAAUCUUAUACUUACAGACGUAACUCGUCGACUCUUCGUGUCGGGUCGAACUUCGCGCUUUAGCUAGGGAACUAUUAUUUUAUCACAGUACAUUUUUAUUGUAUACUAUUUCAUUUAUAAAACUGUUAUGUUAGUUAAAAUGCACAAUUCUAAUGUUAGCUUCAGAAAUGUUGAGUUCACAAAGUAAAAAGAAUUAAUCUUGUAAUAUACUAUGUUACGAGCUCAAAACCACAUACGAUUAACGGAUUAUAAUUUGUUAACUAUGCAAACUGUCCAGUUAAUUAAAUUUGGAUAGUGUCCAAAUUAACAAGUAAUUUGGAAGAUGGAAUAUCUGGACGGUUCGGUACUUACAUGUAUUAUUGAAUCGAUAUUGAAUCAUUUUUUUUCUAGUUUCAUGAUUUUUUAUCACAUUAUUCCAAAAUGGCAGCAUCCGGUCUUAUUGUAUGAUAAUAAUCGGAUUAUAUUUGAGCUAAAGCGGACUGCGCAGUCAAAUUGCCAAUGAAACAAAUAACUAGUUCUAAGGAUCUCAUGACUCAACAGAUUUCUCUUUUGUUCUCUUUUGUGUUCUCUUUUGUUUUGUCUACUAAAAUAGUAAAUAUCAAGGAAGAAUGACAUAUCUACUGAAAAUUUGAAAAUAGCGGAAGGCUUACUUCAGUUUCUGCUCUGAUAAAUAUCAAUAUCAUAGCAACCAACCAAUCGCAAGCAAAAACAAAAGUAACGUGUCUUGGGCGCAUAUUCCUGCCCUUUGCAUUCCCGCCCUUUGCAUGGUUUGCAGUGUCUCAAGGUUUAGUAGGUUUGUAGUAUUAUUUGUAUUAAUUAAUUAUAAUAAAUGAAUAAUCGUACUGAAUGCUUGAGCAAUUAAGGAUUUACACUGCUCGUGAUAUUUGAAAAUUCUUCAGAAAUUCCACUUGCGUCAAGGCUCGAGCAGUUUUGAGAGAAUUUCGAAAUAGCACAAUUAGCGCAGAUACCUAAUUGCACUUGCAUUCAUACGAUUACCUAUUCUACUUUUUCUGGAAAAAAAGAGGUUAGAACCCUUUACUAAGUUUUGAUUUAGUAUGCCCAGUUUUCGAUCGCGUUUCCUAAAUGUCAUGAUACAAUCAUUAUAAGCUGCGUGAAAAAUAAAUUUCAUAACUUAAA